AUGGAUCCAAGGAAUCUUCAUACUCAGUCCUCUAGUUACGUAGGACUGCUUCACAAAAUUCCGGCUUUCAGUUCACAACAAUCUGAAGACGCGUCAGUAGACACACCAGUGGAGCGUCUUGUAAUACGCAAAUGGACCCCAGCUGAUGACGAGGUUCUAAUCAGUGUGUGGCUUAACUCUUCUAAGGAUGUUAUUGUUGGAAAUGAGCAGAAGUCGGGGACCUUCUGGAAACGGGUUGGAGAUAAUUAUGCAGCAAGUCCUCAUGGAGGAGAGGAUGGUGAAAAGAGAGAGCAUCUUCAUUGCAAGAAGAGGUGGCAGAGAAUCAAUGAUCAGGUUAACAAGUUCUGUGCUGCAUACUCGGCAGCAGAGAGACAAAUAAGCAGUGGUAUAAUCCACUUGUAUGGCGACGAAUAUCUAAGACAUCCCACACCGGAUGAUCUGCAAAGACUACUAUAUAUUGGAGAACAACGUGGAUUUCCAAGGUUGGUUGAAAGCAUCGACUGUAUGCAUUGA